AUGAUUAUUGAUGGCAGCAAACUGACGAAAAAAAAUAGAAAUGGACAAAAGCGCAAAAGUGCAAUCAACGUGGGCAGCUGUAAAAAGGAUGAGAAAACGAAAAUGAAAAAGAUGGUUAAAUCGAAAGAAGCUAAAGCAGUAUUAGAACAUGAAGAAGAAACAAUAAAAGCAGGCCGACAGAAAAAGUGGAAGCCGUAUAUUACAAAGCCAAAAAGUUCAAAAGUGAUUACAGCUUAUGAACAACGCAAGCAUUUGUGUAAUGCGAAGACAAAAGAUGACUUAAACAUAAAUGAGUAUGUGAAACAGAAUCAAGCGGAACGAUUAAUAGUUGAAGAAAAAUCACAAUCCGGAAUUCCUAACGUGUAA